UUUCAGCAAACAAAUGAAAUCCGUAAAGUACGAGAUUAAAGAGGAAUCUUUCUCGUCAGAGGAACUGUUCAAAUCGGAGCUGAAUGAGAUGAUGGCUCUGAUUGACUACAAACAGUUUGCCCCAAAAUUGGAAUCAGUCAAAAUUGAGCAAACUGACGUUGAGUUGAACCACCAAAAAUAUAAAGCAGAGAACCUUGCUGAAAUUCCCGAUUUUAUCGAAGAAAAAUGUGAUGAAUUCGACGACGAUGAGUAUAUUCUACAGCCAACCGGAGAAGACAGCAAGUUCACUCACAAUGAUAUGAACCGAGUUUUGCGAGAGACUGGUCUUCCGACAGAAGUUGCAUUUGGAAUCUGCUCAUUCAACGAUUAUAACGUCGCCGAAACGAUUGAAAUGAGCAAAGAUUUCGUCGUCCCUGACAUGAUCCCGCAGUUUGUUCAAGACAUUUUUGUUGCGAAAAUUGCCGAGACCAGAGACGCUUUCAAACAAAAGAAAACACAUUCCGCCGAGUUUAAGGAAUUUUAUCUUGCAGAGCUGUUUCAUAACAUUGUCGAGCCAAAGCUUCUGGUGGAGAAUUACUACAAUCAAAAGAACAAAAUUGGAAACAACUGGAGAAUGGAUAGGGUCGAAGAGCAAAUGACGGAUGAGGAGAGACAGAUUCUGGAGGAGAAGAUGAAAGCUUGCAAUAUCAGUAUUAUUGAAUCUCAUCAUGUCAAAAAAAGCCAUAAGAGAAAACGUAAUAAGGAGAUCGACGCGUGCAAACAGCCGCGCAACUACAAGGAAAUCGACUUGGCCACACAUCUUUCCGAUUUGCAAAACUAGAGCCGUUUUUUUCAACAUUCCUUUUUCUAACGGGAUUGAACUAUGUGCAAUAAUUGCUUAGUUUAAAAACCGAUCUCGAAUUGCUAAAAAUAUUUUUAAUCACUUCGAUAGCUAAUUUGUAACGUUUCAAUUCAAGCCUCGUGACGUCAUUCAUAUUUUCAUUUAUCUACUUCUCCCAUGCAAUUCAUUCUUUUUCGUGUUUAAACUCACAAUCAAAAAGUGAUAUUUUUUUAUAAACUGGGAUUUCGAUCCAAAUCAUUCCGUUUAACUAGUAGUGAUCACCAAGUAAUAGUUAAUUGUUCUGCACCCCCUCAUUAUGUAGUAGAAAACUAUCCUGACCCUGUAGAAGAGUCAUCACGCUUUUGUCUGUUCUUCAAAAAUUGUCAUAAUGUGUCUAUUGCAUUUUUUCUUUAAUAAAGUGUUGACAUAAAAU